ACAGUAUCGCUAUUGUUUACAUUGUUGUGUCUGUCUUGUUGUUUGUUUUAUGUUGUUGUUGUUUUGUUCUUAUAUUUAUUUAGUAGAAUCAAGAUCUGGUGACCAUGGAACGAAUCCAUCCCCUGUACCAAUACAAUGCCCGUGGCUGGGCUCAUAAUGUAGAUAACAGACAGAAUUGGCCCUACCACUGGGCGUUGAUUGAGUCAGAGAAAGCUGACACAACCUUGAACCCACAGAGAAGUCUCUCGGCAUCAGAGUUGCAAAUAAGAGAGAUGCCACAUCGAUAUGCUAAUGGUAUUGAGAACAGGUCUUAUGCCUGGUACACAUACAGAGACGGCGUUGGAAGAAUCCUGGUACGUCAGAGCACAGUCACCACCCCCCAUAGUGGCCCCGUCACACACUCAAACGCCAUGAGGGAGUGUCAAGGCUGGGACGGAGCUUACCUCUGUUUGUAGACUAAUUAGCAGGUGAUAAGAGUUGCUGCACAGAAGAAACUUACAAAACUUAAAAUGGGAGCAUCAGAUAUUAGUAAGACCAUCAGUGGAGAUGGCACCGACUUAAAACAGUUUCGCCAAGAGGCACUCGCAGCGCACAACAACAGACGUUCCAAACAUGGAGCCCCGGCACUGAAACUUAGUGAAGACCUGAACAACUACGCCCAAAGCUGGGCCGAACACCUCGUCAAGACCAACACCUUUGCCCACAGUAAGUCAAUGCUAAAUGGAUCCAGGAUCGGAGAAAACAUCGCUACCAAAUGGGCCACCGGAGGAGCGGAUAUUUCUGGUGAAGAGGUUACAGAAAUGUGGUACCGGGAAAUUAAAGACCAUAAUUUUUCUUCAGAGAACAAUCCAAACUCUGGCCACUUCACCCAAGUUGUUUGGAAGGGUACAACUGAGCUAGGCAUGGGCAAGGCCAAGAGCACAGAAGGCAAUGUCAUUGUUGUGGGCAGCUACCGCCCACCCGGCAACAUGAAGGGCGCAUUCGGUCAGAACGUUUUGCCAACAAAAUUACAGAUAAAUCCUGUCAGAAUGUCCAACAAUCAGUUGAGCGAGUUCCGCAAAGACGCCCUGAGAGCGCACAACGAAAAGCGGGCGAGACAUGGCGCCCCAGCGCUCAAACUAAGUGAUGACCUCAAUAAAUACGCCCAAAAUUGGGCAGAGAAAUUGGCCGCAGCAAAUCAACUCGAGCACAGCCCAUGUAAACUGAAUGGAGAGACACUUGGGGAAAAUGUGGCGACGAAAUGGGCAAGCAAUGGAUCAGAGAUGUCAGGUGACGAUGUAACAGACAUGUGGUACAGUGAGAUCAAAAAGCACAACUUCGCAUACGAACAAAACAGUGGAACAGGUCACUUUACACAACUUGUUUGGAAGUCUACCACUGAGUUCGGUAUUGGUAAGGCCAAGGCCAAAGGUUUCUCCGGAGGUGUUUACGUGGUAGGAAGCUACAGGCCGGCGGGUAACAUGCUGGGAGAGUAUCUACAAAAUGUUCAACCGCCCAAGCAAUAGUAAAAGUUUGGAAGUGUUGAAGUAGCAUUGAGUCAACGGAACAAUUAUAUACCAAAAUUUUUAAUUAUAAUAUGAAUCUCUCUCUCUCUCUCUUUCUCUCUCUCUCUCUCUCUCUCUCUCAUCUCUUUCUCUCA